CGAAAAAAAAACAAAAAAAACCGUUUAUAUUUUUUUAAAAUUACAAUUUCAAAAUGAAUCUGAACUACUUCCAGGAAGGUCUUGAUAGUCUCUUAUUCAUAGGCAAAAAACUUACACCGGAAGAAAAAAUGCUGAUCGAACAUUCAUUACUGAUUUUACAAACUGAGAAUCGUAUGACUGGAAUUUACUUUUGGGGACGCAUUGAUGGGAUUGCUAAUGACUAUUUUAUUGCUUUUGGUUACACUUACGAUUGUCUAAAGGAUCGCAAAUAUUUUUACAGUAAUGAUUGUUACAUAUGGCAGCUGUUACCUUUCAUACACACACCGAAAAUAUUCCAAGCAACUAUGCUGUCACAUGAUCCAUUCAUAGGUGAUCCCACAAUAUAUAUGCCAGUCAAAAUGGAUCCUGUGUUUAAAAUUGAGCAGAAUGAAGUCGUUGAUGCACGGCCUGCAGAGCUAGUACGUCUUAAGGAAGAAGAUCGUUUAGCAGCAUUGGUUUUUGUUAUAUCUGAAGAGGCGGGUAUAUGUCCACGUGGUAGUGUUUAUAAAUUAAUUGAUGGCCGUUGUGCGCCCAAUGCAUUAUUUCAUGGCCUUGAUGAUAACCAAUUAGGCGAUAUAUCAUAUUAUCAAUUGUAUCGUUUACCGCGCAAUUCCAUGAAAGGUAAUGUAUGCCGCAAACCCGAUUACAAUUACCCAACCGAUUUUCUUGAUGCUGUUGACAGUGUUAUACCACUUGGAAAGUCGUUCACCUUAAGUAAACACCAUCGAAAUCGCCUAAUUAUAAUACGUUCCCUGAUAUGGCCAGGUAUGACAUUCUUUCAUAAAUUAAAUUCACGCAAGCACGGCUUUGCUUACUUUGGCAACGGCAAAAAAAACUUGGAUUUAUUAUCAUCGUAUUGACCAUUUAUUUUUGUUUUACAUUUUAAAAUAAAUCCUUCUAAUGUUAAACAAUUUUAAA